AGGAGACUGUCUGAUGCUGAUGUUUCUGUGUUAUAUGAUAAAACUCAUCACCUCUGACAGUGUGAGUGUGAGGUUGGUGAAUGGUAAUAAUCCCUGUGCUGGUCGAGUGGAGGUUUUUAAUGGUGGUCAGUGGGGAACAGUGUGUCAUCUUGGCUGGGAUAUGACUGAUGCUGAAGUGGUGUGUAGAGAGCUGGACUGUGGGACGGCUGUAAAUCCAACAUAUUUUGCUUACUUUGGACAAGGAUCAGGACCAAUUUCAAUGUCUGAUGUAUCCUGUAGUGGAUCAGAGACUGCACUGAAAGACUGCCAUUCAAGCAGCUGGUUUUAUACACUGUGGAACUGUAAUCAUGAUCUUGAUGCUGAUGUCAUCUGUUCAGGACAAGGACUUCGACUUGUGGACGGGUCUCUGUGCUCUGGGAGAGUGGAGGUGAUUUUUGGGAACACAUGGUACACAGUGUGUGACGCUGUCUUUGACCAGCAGGAUGCAGAGGUUGUGUGUAAACAGCUGGACUGUGGGGCUCCUGUACAGGUGCUGGGAGCAGCUGCUUUUGGUAAAGGAAAAGGCCGUGUUUGGUCAGAGGAGAUUCAGUGCAGAGGAAAUGAAUCUCAGAUAGACGUCUGUUCACGAUCAUCUUCACAGAAACACAACUGCUCUCAUGACAAUGAUGUGGGAGUGAUCUGUUCUGGUUACACAGAUCUCAGGCUGGUGAAUGGUUCAGACUCUUGUUCUGGACGAGUGGAGCUUCAGUUUGUCACAGAGUGGGGCACAGUGUGUGAUGCAGGCUGGGAUAUGAAAGCUGCCAGUGUCCUCUGUAGACAGCUGAAUUGUGGGAUUGCUGUGUCUGUUGUGGGAUCAGACUGGUUUGGAGAGGGAAAUGAAGAACCC